AUGGUUAAUUUCCCCUCAAUACGUCUGCUUAAAUGCACUGUUGGAUCUGCAUUUUGUUCAGUGCCGUUUUCACGUUUAUUAUCAAAUACAACUACUUAUCCGGAGUACGGAAUUACAAAUAUUCAAGAUGAUAGUGAUUUUGACAAACGUGUAUUAAAUAAUUCCGCACCGGUCAUUGUUGACUUUCAUGCUAAAUGGUGA